UGGUGCUUGUCAAAGUCGCGAAAGUGGAAGGACAAAAAGUGACGUCUUACGAUUUUGCUGGCGCGAGGGAGGCCGUGAACUCCCCUGGAGUAGAAGCGAACGGUGCUAAGACGAACAAAUGGGUUCCUCAAUACAAUAGAACAAAUCUAUACCGUGAUGAGAACGAAUUGGUAUUCCGGCGAGUCCGAGGCAUUCUUAACAAGUUAACUCCAGACAAGUUUGACAAGCUGUUUUAUGAGCUUCUCCAUGUUGGCGUUGAAACAAAGUACAUCUUGAAGGGAGUCAUACUUCUGGUGUUUGAGAAAGCUCUAGAUGAACCGGCCUACAGCUCCAUGUACGCCCAGCUCUGCCUGCGGCUCAGUGAGGAGGCUCCCAACUUUGAUGACCCCGGAAAAACUGGAAACUCAACAUUUCGACGCUUGCUGCUCAAACAGUGUGAAGAGGAAUUCAACAACAGAUCUAAAGCUAGUCAAGCAUUUGAUAAAAAAGAUGACCUCACACAGGAAGAGGAAGAGGAGAGAGGAAGCACAAAGCGCAAAAUGCUGGGAAACAUCAGGUUUAUUGGAGAAUUGGCGAAGUUGGACAUGUUGCAUGAAACCAUCCUACACAAGUGCAUCAAACAGUUACUGGAUAAGAAAAAACGAGCAUCGGUCGCGGAUACGUCUGAAGACAUGGAGUGCCUCUGUCACUUGAUGAAGACUGUUGGGUCGAGGAUUGAUGGGCCAAAGGCAAAGCCACUGGUCGACCAGUACUUUGAGCGAAUUUACCAGAUUAGAAGCAGGUCUGAUCUCCCAUCAAGAAUACGGUUCAUGCUUGAAGGCAUAGAAGAGCUACGGACUAACAAGUGGAUUCCACGUAAAGUAGCCAGAGAUGUUGGUCCAAAGCCAAUUAACCAGAUCCGUCAGGAAGCCUUUCGGGAUUUCCCACCCAGUUAUCCUGUUCCUCAUGGAAUGCUGAGGAAUUCCCCACCCCACCCAGGGCCAAUGUUCGGCAGACAUCCAGGUGGCGGAAAACCAGCGAUGCGCCAAAUGGAGCCCAACCAAGGGCAUGGCUUCAAUGAUGUGUUUCUGCGGGAUGAUCCUGGACGAGCGAGGUUUGAUGACUUUGGAGGAAUGAUGGACAAUAAGGCUCCAUAUGGACUAAGUUACAAUGAAGAUGAGUUUGACCGAUUCACACCAAAGGACCCGUGGGCUGGACUUGCUAACACCUCAAUCCGAUCCUCACCUCCUCUGACUGGUUCACCUCCAUCGUCCAGGCACCCCCACUAUGGUGGCUCACCUCCGUCUUCCCGAAACCAGCAAUACGGAUCACGUAGACCCCCACCACGCCCUAUUCAGCUCAAUACUGAUGGCGAGAUAAGCCUUCGUCCAGCUCGAGAUUCCAUUGCAGCUAAGACGCUUGGCCUGAAUACCCGACCUCAAGGAAAAGUGGAUCCAUUGAAUAGAAACAAAGCACCACCUAUCAUUGAGAAAACUAAGCCGAAGAAGCCUCAGGGGCCUAGUAAAGCUGAUCUAGAAAAACAAAUGACAGAGAUUCUAAAGGCAUACCUUGACAAUAAGAAUGACACUGCUGCUAUAAGAUCUAUCCAGGCAAUGAAGACCAAUAAGAAUGGCAAAAUGCAAGUUUUUCAUUCGCUGGAGAUUGGCUUAGACAAGAACGACGAAGAACGCCAUUUGAUCUGUCAGUUGCUGCAAGCGAUGCACAAGGAAGGACUCACCAGCACUUACACCAUACUCCAGGGGCUGCAGGGUGUUUUAGAGGGAAAAGCUGAUAGCGAUGACGGGCACCAUGUCAAGGACUACAUCGCUUGCAUGGCUGCAAGAACCAUUAUACAGGGUCUCGUGACACUAAGUGAUGUCUGCAAGCUUAUGGAUGGUGGAAACUUUUACCCAACUCUUUUGCUCAUCCUUAAGAAGUUGGAGCAACUGAACGGUCAGGAAUGGCUAAUGGAUGCAUUUAAUGAGGCUAAGAUAGACCUUCUGUCCACUCUUCCAGAAUCCUCUCGGAACAGUUGCAAAAUGAUGGUUAUCCUCGAAGAACAGUCUCUCUCUUUCUUGUUCCCUUUGCUGAGGAUUCAAGCCGAAUUGUACAAGAAGAUAGAGGAAGACCCCAACUCUUCUGCCAUCUACAAGUGGAUCAAGGACAACGUGGAUGCUUCACUCCACGACCAGCCGGAAUUUAUUAAUGCUAUCACUACUUGCAUUUUGAGGUAUGCAACGCAGCAGAGCACUUUGGGAAAAGGUGUGGACAUAAGUCUUCCUCCUGACAAAGACCUGGUCGAGAAAGAAAUACACGCCAUCAAAAAGCUUAAGCCUCUUCUGGACAAGUUUUUGCUCGAGAAAAUCGAUCUUCAGGUUUGCGCACUGUACGCGCUGCAAGUCUUCUGCCAUACCAACAACCAUCCAAAAGGUCUGUUGCUACGCAUGUUUAUGCUGCUAUACGACCUCGAGGUUGUGGACGAAGAAGCCUUUGUCAAAUGGAAGGAAGAUGUCAACGAGAAGUACCCGGGCAAAGGGAAGGCACUUUUCCAGGUGAACACGUGGCUAACCUGGCUUGAGACCGCUGACGAGGAAGGCUCCGAAUCUGAACCCGAGUAACACCACAGGGCGUGACACUCGUCACGCAUCACUCUCACAAGUGUAACACUACACUCGGUGACCGCAAGAUCUUCACGCGUGACAUCGCUCGGAAUGUACUUCAAUAUACUGGCAACAGCUAGAAUGAUUGAGAUGGUCAUCACAUGUGAUAAAGGAGAAUCACUGAAGCAAUUGGCAGGAAUUUGGAAUGAAUACUGUAUCUAACGCGAGCAACAAUUACUAAUCUUCUUUUCUUGCAAUAGCUCUAGCUUUUGCUGUCUUGUAAUGAGUGCUGUAUCUAACGCGAGCAACAAUUACUAAGCUUUUUUUUCUUACAAUAUCUCUUGCUUUUGCUGUCUUGUAAUGAAUGCCGUAUCUAGCGCGAGCAACAAUUACUAAUCUUCUUUUCUUGCAAUACCUCUAGCUUUUGCUAUUGUAUUUCUCGUUGUUUAGUUGAAUGCCUUUCUUCUUUUCUUCUUCGUUAUUUUUUCGUCAAGAACUUAUUUUGCCCUCUCGCUCGAUGUAAUGAACGCAAUAAAUGAAGGCCUGUCGAAA